GGUGGUUCAAAGUUGAAAGUCAAUACACGCACGUACACUGCAACGAAGCGGUAUGGCGCUUCUCGUGGGGUCUAGAGUCGUUUUUCAGACGUUCCGACCCCAAACAUCGAUGACUAUUCACUCAUUUUGCACGUUUCAAGAUGUUAUGCAUCGUGCUGCAGCCGGAACUGGUGGACGCGCGUGCCGGGCAUCCAGUGGCGGCUUGCGGAAGUUUAGCUCCGAUGCUAAUGACCUGAGCGUUAGGUUUUUGGACGGAGAUGACUCAGGGAUCGUCGUCUUCGGCCUUAAUCGAGCGAAAGCUAAAAAUGCUAUCAGUAAAAAUCUUGUUAAGGAGAUGUCCGAAGCUGUUGAAUCUGUGAAAAAGAACAAUAAGGUGCGUUCUGUCAUCUUGUGCAGCAUGGUGCCUGGAGUCUUCUGUGCAGGUGCUGACUUGAAAGAACGAGCAAAAAUGCAUCAGAGUGAAGUUGGGCCUUUUGUCUCUAAAGCCAGGACUCUUAUUACAGAAUUAGGUAAUCUCCCCAUGCCGACAAUUGCAGCUAUAGAUGGAGCAGCGCUGGGAGGAGGACUUGAGAUGGCUCUGGCCUGUGAUAUAAGAAUAGCAGCUACUUCUGCUAAAAUGGGACUGGUUGAAACAAAACUAGCCAUCAUUCCAGGUGCAGGGGGAACCCAGCGUCUCCCACGGUCUAUAGGAGUGUCUUUGGCUAAGGAGCUGAUCUUUGCUGCACGGGUGUUUGAUGGUGCUGAGGCAAAGACUCUGGGGCUUGUUAACCAUGGCGUGGAGCAAAACAAGAGCGGUGAUGCAGCUUACCUGAGAGCUCUGGAGCUUGCCCGAGAGUUCAACCAACAGGGGCCGAUUGCAGUCCGGAUGGCCAAGCUGGCCAUCAACCAGGGCAUAGAGGUGGAUUUACAGACAGGUUUAGCCAUUGAAGAGGCAUGCUACGCUCAGGUUAUCCCAACAAAAGACAGACUCGAAGGCCUGGCAGCAUUUAAAGAGAAGAGACCCCCUCGCUAUAAGGGCGAGUAAAACGGGAGCAAAGCCGAUCCGCUGCCUUCCGGAUUUCCUUUCACUGCUACUGACAGAAGUCGUAGAGAAAGCACUAGCUUGCUGCCCCGCGCCUGCCUGACAAAGCUCUUGGCCCUCUAUCAGAAAAAGACCAGUGAUCUCACUCACAAGGACUUGAGGAUGAUGGAGGGAGAGAAGGAGUGUCUGUCCACAACAUGUCCCUCACCUAUGAAUAAAACCGCAUGGUGUGUCUUUGUUCUUUUUUUUUUUUGGUUGAUAUCCGAUUACUCUUUUCACCUUCCUUAGAUUUCUGUCGUGAAACUGUAUCCUUGUCUUUCGAAGCGUCUUUGAAUGUUCAAUCAAGUGUUUCAAAAUUCAGGCCACUUCAACAUAACAGAUAUAUAGUUACUGUAUAGCUGCUUAAAUGUCAAUGAAUAUCUAAUUCAACAGAUGCAGUGCAUUAACCAAGCCUGUUUGCUUUUCCACAAAGCAUAUGUUCUGUAUUAUAAGCAUAUGUUGUAUAUCUAACACUGUCACUAAUCCAUAGUAACUGACUUGAAGUGAUUUUCUUUUGUAGGGAGAACAAAUGCAAUAAAACAUUCUCAGUAUGAAAUCCUGUAAAAA